CACGGGCCCAGCCGCUCCACGGCAUGUGGGAUCUUCCCAGACUGGGGCACGAACCCGUGUCCUCUGCAUCGGCAGGCGGACUCUCAACCACUGCGCCACCAGGGAAGCCCGAAAGAGACUUUUUGAAAAGACCUCUAGAGAGUUAUGUGAAAAAAUUAAAAGUACCAGUUCACGUAAUUCGAAUGGAGCAACGUUCUGGAUUGAUCAGAGCUAGGUUAAAAGGAGCUGCAGUGUCUAAAGGCCAAGUGAUCACCUUUUUAGAUGCUCACUGUGAAUGUACAGUGGGGUGGCUGGAGCCUCUCUUAGCCAGGAUCAAACAUGACAGGAAGACAGUGGUCUGUCCUAUCACUGAUGUGAUCAGUGAUGAUACUUUUGAGUACAUGGCAGCCUAUGGUGGAUUCAACUGGAAGCUCAACUUUCGCUGGUAUCCUGUUCCCCAAAGAGAAAUGGACAGAAGGAAAGGUGAUCGAACUCUUCCUGUGAGAAUACCUACAAUGGCAGGAGGCCUUUUUUCAAUAGACAGAGAUUACUUUCAGGAAAUUGGAACAUAUGAUGCUGGGAUGGAUAUUUGGGGAGGAGAAAACCUAGAAAUUUCCUUUAGGAUUUGGCAGUGUGGAGGAACUUUGGAGAUUGUUACUUGCUCACAUGUUGGACAUGUGUUUCGGAAAGCUACACCCUACACGAUUCCAGGAGGCACAGGGCAGAUUAUCAAUAAAAAUAACAGACGACUUGCAGAAGGGUGGUUGGAUGAAUUCAAGAAUUUCUUCUAUAUAAUUUCUCAAGGUGUUACAAAGGUAGAUUAUGGAGAUAUAUCAUCAAGACUUGGUCUAAGACACAAACUCCAAUGCAGACCUUUCUCUUGGUACCUAGAGAAUAUUUAUCCCGAUUCUCAGAUUCCACGUCACUAUUUCUCUUUGGGAGAGAUACGAAAUGUGGAAACAAAUCAGUGUCUAGAUAACAUGGCUAGAAAAGAGAAUGAAAAAGUUGGAAUUUUUAGCUGUCACGGUAUGGGAGGUAAUCAGGUUUUCUCUUACACUGCCAACAAAGAAAUUAGAACAGAUGACCUUUGCUUGGAUGUCUCCAAACUUAAUGGCCCAGUCACAAUGCUCACAUGCCACCACCUAAAAGGCAACCAACUUUGGGAGUAUGAUCCGGUGAAACUAACCCUGCAGCAUGUGAACAGUAAUCAGUGCCUGGAGAAAGCCACAGAAGAGGACAGCCAGGUGCCCAUCAUUAGAGACUGCAAUGGAAGCCGGUCCCAGCAGCAGUGGCUUCUUUGAAAUGUAACCCUUCCAGAAAUAUUCUGAGACCAAAUUUACAAAAAAAGAAAAAAAUAAGGAUUGACUGGGCUACCUCAGCAUACAUUUCUGCCACAUUCUUAAGUAGCAAAAAAGGAAAAGUGCUUUCCUCCUGCAGGAUGUAAGGUUUAUCAGCCAUUAAAACUUAAACUGCUCUCUCUUUCACUAGCUGUGAACCGGCCUUCCUGUCCAAGGACGUGAAACUACAUAGUAGCGAGAUUGUGCACACUGAUGUUUACAAGAUUAAGAGUCUUUCAUCAAGAAUCAUUGUAAAGAAUAUUCAGACUGAAACAAUCUACGAACUAUGCUUUCCAGAGAGCAGCACCUUUUAUGGUUUGCUUGCACAUCAGUCAUUUCUGCUGAAUGUGCUGUUAUAAUGAAGAGAUGUCCAAGAUUUUUUUUUCUGAUUAGAACUGGUAG